AUGCAGACUGAAAUAUCAAUUGCAUUAAAUUUCCUAAUCGCUUUUCUCUACAAUAAAUUACCACGCCGUCGAGUUAAUAUGCUCGGUGAACAAAUGCACAAAUAUCUACGCGUUAAAUUUCAAGAUCAUUGGUAUCCCGAAAGACCGACACAAGGUUCUGGUUAUCGAUCAAUACGAAUUGGUAAAGACAAAAUCGACAAAGUUCUGAUUAAUGCUGCUAAUGAUGUCAGCUUGGAUUUACAAGAAAUACUUGAUAGUUUACCUAAUGAUCUUACUAUUUGGAUUGAUCCAGGUGAAGUAUCAUAUCGUAUUGGAGAAAAAGGAUCGAUUCAAGUUCUAUAUGGAAAUCACAGACAUUUAUUACGAUAUGAUGAAUUAUCAAGUGAUACCGAUGAAGUUUCUAAUCAAGAACCUAUUGAUUACAAUGUGCAAAUACGUGAAUCACUCGAUACUCUUCUGAAAUUAUCAGAUUCAGAUGCUUCUGCAUGGUUAAAUCCAGUAGCAACACCAGUUUUAUCAAUACAAACAUUUGCACAAACACGUUUUGGUUCGUUAAAAGUUAAACACAACGUACCGAAACAGCAAGUCAAAAUUUUAUCCAAUGAAUUUUCUGCUUGUAUAAAAUCAAAACAACAGAGAAGAGUAUUUUAA